CUUUUUAAUUAAUUAAAUUUUUGUAUUAUUAAAGUUAAGUACAAUAAGAUAACAUAGGAUAUUUUGAUUUUAUUAUGAAGAUAAAUUUAAAAUUUGUUUGUCGUUAUUUCUCCAAAAACUUUAUAGAUAUUACACCCGAAGUGAAAAAUGCUUUAAAUAACCAAAAACCAGUAAUUGCAUUGGAAUCAGCUCUAAUUACACAUGGGUUACCAUAUCCAAAAAAUGUGGAGACUGCAUUGGAAAUGGAACACAUAAUCAAAUCAUAUGUAAUCAUUUUUUUAUAGUACCACUGUCCAGGCAUUUAAAUGUUUUGAAAUAUUUAUUUUGUAAGUAUAUAUUUUGUUUGUAGGGCAUAAUUCCAGCUACAAUUGGUGUUAUUAAUGGUAAAGUUAAAGCUGGUAUGGUUUCUGAACAAAUCUAUGAACUUGGCAUACCAGCUGAAAAGAAAACUUUAAAAGUUUCAAGGAGAGAUUUUCCUUAUGUGCUUAGCCAAGCAAGUCUUAAAAUAAAUUUUUUUAUACCUAGUAUUAUGUUUUAAAAGUAAAUGUCUAAUUAAAGUCAAAAUUAAUUGUAUUUUGUAUUAAUUAAUUAUAGGGCUUAAAUGGUGGUACUACAGUAUCUGGAACUUUAGUUAUCGCUAGUGCAUUAGGUAUAAAAUUCUUUGUUACUGGUACGUAUAUCCUUAUAAAUAUUAUAUUAUAGUUUUCUAUGAAAGGGGUUGGAAAUGGUUUCCCAUAUUUUUCACCUUUUAAUAACUUCUUUGAUGAUAACAUUUUUCCAUUGAUCUACCCAAUUAAUCAAUUAUUAUUAUUUUCUAUUAAUAAAUAAUAUAUCAUCAUAUUUCCCAAUGCCCAUUUAAAAGUAGUGGUUGUUACAACAUUUUACACCAAUAAACUGGAGUAAGAAGCUGGAAAUCGUUCACUACUGUGUGCCCAAAGUGGAAACUUCAUUUUUAAAUCUCAUAUUCUACAAUAAUUUAUUAUUUAUGUGCAUUGGAAGUUUGUUGUUGCAAGAGUUGUUUGUGUAGUAAAAUUGUGUAUACUAAAUAUAUAAUUCUUCUGUCCAUCUACACUUCUCAAAACUUUAAAGUCAAGACCAUUCUUUUUUUUCUUCACUUUCAUCCCAAUCAUUUGUUGUUGGUCACCCUCGUUCUAAACUUCUACUUGACCUGAUCUUCCAUCUCACUUACACCGACUGUUCUCAAAUCAUUCUCAAUUGCGUCCAGCCACCUCUUUUUUGGUCUUCCCCUCCACCUUUAUUUUUAUUAUGACUUAUGUUUCUGGUUCCUCUCUCCUCAUGACAUGCCUAAACUAUUUAAGUCUAUUUUCUCUCAUUUUGUCUACUAUCAAAGUAACAUCUAAGCUACCCUCUUAUGAACUUAUUCCUUAUACUGUUUUCUCUCGUCCUCUACUCACCCAUCCAUUCUCAUCACUACACUCGUUUACUGUUUACCACCCCAAACACUUCAAACUAUACAAUAUAGUUAGUUUCACCAUAUUUUUGUAGAAUUUAACUUUAAGUCUCAUUGAAAUUCUCUUAUCUUAUAAACCACCUGGUGCUUCUCUCCACUUUAUUCAACCAAUCUUAAUCCUAUGUUUUACAUUCUCAUAAGAUAAGAAUAUUAAAAAUUAUAAAUAUUUUAAAAAAUGUUGUAUUAUUAUUUUAUUUUAGUAUUAUUUAAAAAGUAUCUGAAUAUUAAAUUGUAUUAUUUUAUUUUUAUUAUAUUCUUAAAAAUUGAAUGGGCCUCACUGAACAAGUCUGUGAAACAUAAAACAAUUAAGGGCCAUUUUUACAGUAUACUGUAAAGUGUUUGUUAGUACUAACAAGUUGUGUUUUUCAAAUUUUUCCGGGAAGAAAUCUUAACUAACUGUUGGUUAGCUAAUAGAAUUUUGCUGGUUUGUGGUAAUUGGAUAACCCUAUAAAAAACUAUGGGAUAUGAAACAUCUAGCACAAAUAAUGUUAGUUAGACUUGAUUGUUUACUAUUUGUGUGAUUAUAAUUUUAUUUAGGCGGUAUUGGUGGAGUUCAUUUAGAUGGUCAAAAUUCUUUAGAUAUAAGUGCUGAUUUAUUAGAAUUGUCGAGGUGUGCAAUAAUGGUUGUUUCUGCCGGUGUAAAGUCUAUCCUUGAUAUAGGUCGAACUUUAGAGUACCUAGUAAGUUUUUUAUAUCAAAAUGUAUUGUUUCUACAAGGUCUGACCAAUAAGUAAUGAGACUAAUUCAAUAAAAUACGUAUAUUUAAAUAUUAAGAUACAUCGAUGUGAUUCCCUUUAAAGUACUCCCCUCCCACCCCUAUAUACUGGUUCAAACGUUUUUUCAGGCUCUCAUAACAUUUCUGGAAGGCUUCGACUGGAAUGUCCUGAAGUACCCUCGUCACGGCGUUCUGGAUGUCAGUUAUGGACUCAAAAUGCGUUCCUUUCACGGCCAAUUUUGUUUGAGGGAACAAAAAGAAGUCGCAGGGUGACAUAUCCGGCGAAUAGGGCGCUUGUGGCAACACUGCGAUGUUCUUAGAGGUCAAAAAUCGCGACACACUGAAGGCACGCCGAAAGGUUCUUCGGUAUCAUCUUUGCACACAGCUUUUUCAUGGACAAAUCAUCAGUUAAAAUUUUUCUGACGGUUUCUCGUUUCAAAUUAAGUUCAUCAGCCAACAUUCGAAUGGUUAAACGCCGAUCUUGAUGCACGAGAGUGCGCACACGNCCAUUUUUAAAAUUUUUAUGCCAUUGAAACACCUGAGCACGACUCAGGGCUUCAUCAUCGAACACUUUCACCAAUUUAUCGUACGUUUCCAUAAUGGAAUCGCCGAGUUUAACGCAAAAUUUAAUCGCGUACCGCUGAUAUUUGUGACAAGCCUUACAAACACGUUGUCGAAAACAUAACACAACUGGAAAACUAAUUAUUGUACGAAAAUCGCGAGCACAUGUAUCGAUAGAGGAGAGAUGAGAGAUUAACCGAAGUUUCAGAUUCGCAGUGUUACCACAAGCGUGGCAAAAAAAAAACAGUCUCAUUACUUAUUGGUCAGACCUCGUAUUGUUGUAUAAAAUAAACUCAAUCAUUUUAAUUAAAGGAAACUGUGGGUGUUUGUGUUGCUUCAUAUAAUUCAAAAAGGGAAUUUCCUGCAUUUUAUACCAAACAAAGUGGAUAUUAUACUGUAUGCGAUGUAACUUCACCUUAUGAGGCAGCUGGCCUCUUAGAACAAUGUCAAAAUACUGGAUCGGGUGUUUUAUUAGCUGUUCCAAUACCAAAAGAAAAAAUAAAAAGUAAUUAUAAAUUAAACAUUAAAGAAAUGUUAAAUAUUAAUAAUAUGUAAUACUUUUAUGAUUGAUAAUAUGUUUCUGAAGAAUCAGAAAUUGAUUUAGCAAUAAAAAAUGCUCUACAGAUGUGUGUAGAAAAAAGCAUUAAAGGAAAAAAUGUUACUCCUUUUGUUUUAAGUGAAGUUAGUCGAGUUACUAAAGGAGUGUCCAUGGAGACAAGUAAAAUUAAUUAUUUUGGUUUCCUCAUAUAUUUUAUUUACUCAAAAUAAAUUGUUUAGACAUUUCUUUAUUGAAGAAUAACUGUUUGGUUGGAAGCAAAAUUGCAAAGGAGUUUUAUUCUAGACAUUUUCCAAAGUCAGAAUCAAUUUUUGAAAUUAAAAAUACAACAAAAAAAGCUAGCAACUUUCCAGUAUGUGAAUAAUUUUGUUUUAAUAAUAUAUUACCUACUCACUUACCUUAAUAUUUAUUAUUUUUGUUUUGAAAUCUAGGUGGUAAUUGGUGGUAGUAAUCUAGACUAUGUGCUUCAAGUUGAUGAAGAUUUAAAGGUAAGUUUAUUAUGGAAUUAAACAAUUAGCACAAUUGAACUAUUAUAAUAUUUGUUAAUGAAAAUUUUAUGUGAAUCCAUUGGCUAAGGACUAUAUAGGUAUAAUAAAUUAUGACGUAAAUCAAAAUUGAUAAAUCAUUAUUUUAAUAAUAAUAAUAAUAAUAAUAAUAAUAAUAAUAAUAAUAAUCAUUUUUAUAAUAAUCAUAAUAAUAAUAGCUCUAGGAAUGCUUAAAAAAUAAUAGUACAAAGUUCACAAUAUUUAUUGUACAACAAACAUUUUAACAUUUUAAUUUUAAUUAAUAACAAAUGAAAAUAUAUACCUAAUCACGAUUUUGCUAAUACAGUCCAAUUUUUACAUACAUUUUCAUGAUUGCAUUAAAGACAAUUGGGAAGCGACAAGACCACGACACAAGAAUAAUAGGCUAUGUAUAA